AGUAGAGAAUUCCGCCCUUCGCUCAGAUACCUCCAUGGCAGCAAUUUACUCGGGUAUUCACCUGAAACUGAAAAGUCCAAAGACAUCUUGGGAGGACAAGCUUAAGUUGGCUCAGUUUGCGUGGAUUUCUCAUCAGUGUUUUCUUCCUAACAAAGAACAAGUCUUACUAGAUUGGGUGAGUCACACCUUGGUUUCAUUUUACAACAAGAAACUUGAAUUGCCAGAUGAAAUUACUGAGAAGCUUUGGGUGUACUUGGACAGCAUUAUUCAUAGCAGAAAACUGCAGGGCCUUUUCAAGGAUGGAAAAACCAUAACUCUCCGUUUCUCAAUUGCACAGGUUAUUAAUGAAAGUCUUUCUACUUUUUACACUCAAAAAAAGCUGAAGAACCUUAGCAUAUUGCUAAGCUGUUGUAGUGGCAUCCUUUCCUCACCUCCUCUCGCAAUAGUUUAUACUACAAAAUUUGAGCUAUUGGUGGAUCUUCUGUGUAAGUUGUCCCACAUAGCAUGUCAGCAGUUUUUAUCAGAAGACAUUGUGUCCUCCCAACUGUUUGAAGUCCUUCAGUUGACAUUUGGGCAGUAUCUUCUGGUCCAGAAGCAGCAGGCCAAUGCAAAUCGUGUAUUUGGACAAGUGACAAAACGCCUGCUCCAACCAUGUUUGCUCCUCAGACAUUUGCUCACAACUGGGGUGCAGUCGCAGACAAAUGACGAUGGCCAUACACAGCAACAUCUGAGUAGAGAGAUCCGGAACCACAUAGAAGCCUUGCUACGAGUUGCUGUUUUUACACCAGAGCUUCUGCAGUCCUACACAGAAGAGUUGGCACCAGAGAAGGACUCUCAUAAAAUCAAGAAAGGGAGUAUGAAACAUCUGCUGUUGCCAGUCAAUACAAUCCAGUCUGUGUUAGGGGAUCCGAAUAUUUGUCAACCAGCAAUUCAUGGGAAAAUGGUUGCAAAUUCAGUGCCUUUUCUUUUUAAGCUCUUUUUAGAAUCUUAUAACAAAACUGAGAACCAUCUUCUCUGUUUUCAUAUGCUCACUAAACUUUUCCAGUGCCUGAAGAUUUCCCAUCUGCAAGGAGAUCUUUGGAACAAUGCACUUUCUUCAGCAGAAUGGAGCUCAGAUCUCCUUGCCAUGGAACAGCUUCUACAUUUGGUGCUAAGCAGCGGCAUCUAUAAUGUUGCCGCUGACAGGAUUCGACACAAGGAACUCCAGUUCCAUUUUUACCAACAAUUGGCACAGUUACUGGUGAAUCAUCCACAGGGUGCCAUUCCUGCCUGGUUUAGGUGCCUCAAUGCUUUGAUCUCUUUAAAUCAUUUGAUCUUGGAACCUGAUUUGGAUGACUUACUGGCCUCGGCUUGGAUUGAUGCGGAGGUCUCUGAGCCACGUACAAAAAAGGCCCAGGAGUCUCUCGUUGGUGCUCUUUUCCACUCUUACACCAAGUUGCGGCAGUUCCCAAAACUCUUUGAAGAGGUCCUCGGUGUGGUGUGCCGUCCAGCUGCUGAAGAAUUAAGGCUUCCGAUUCUGCCUGCCGGCAUCAAGAACAAGUUGUGUGAGUGCCUGCAGGAUCUACCACCCAGUCAAAUACUGGAUGUCAUGUCUCUCAUACUGGAGAAGUGUCGUACUGUCAUUAUUCCUGAUCUCAGAGGUGAUUCUGAUUUGGCCUUGAAGCUUCAUUCUAUGAGCACACUUCUGCAUUCUGUUCUUUUCCAUAUGACGAGCUUGGAUGAUUCCACUCCAUUACCUAUUGUGCGUCGGGCUCAGAGUUUGUUGGAGACAGUUCAGGUGGAGGUCUUCCAGGUUUUGUUCAAUCUGCUCAAGAAUGUCCAUACAGAAAAAGCAGAACUGGAAGUUUGGGCAGAGAAAGUUGGUGACUCAUUGCUUCUCCUUGCUUGCACCUGGGUAGCAACUGAUACACUUUUUGGGUUGAAUUGCAGACAUUAUAUUUCUCCCCUUGCCAAAGCAAAUGUUACCCUUGCUGAUUCCACUGUAGAUGUCUUGGAUUUUUCAACCAUUCUUCCUGGGUUGGAUGUAAAGUCUUGGAAGAAGAUAACCAAACUUCUGAGUUGUGUCUACUCCACAAGUAGAUAUUGCACAGAAUGGCUGAUGCUCCAAAAAAUGAAGAACAUACUGCUGCACACUACCUAUAACAUUGAGCCAUCACACGAGAUUUUGCAGCAUGCUAGUGCUUUCAUCCUGGAGUCUGGAAAAUCUUUCUUCAAUGGAGAGGAGGCUGAGCCCUGGGAUGGCAGUGCAGGCUCCAUAACAAGUCUCUCUUAUCCUGCUGCACACUGGCACCUUGUAGUUUCAAAUCUUCCAGUUCUGUUUCCCUACCUUUCUUUGAGCAACACACAGUAUGUUGCAGGUAUGCUUCUGAAGACUUUGUUAGUGAACAAAAUGCAGACAUCAUCAGAUGAUGACAGUUUCUUCAUCACAGUUGAGAAAGUGUCCAAAGACUUGCUAUGCAGUUCUCUUCUUCCAGAAAUGUGUGUGCUGCACUCAUCUUUCUUCAGCCAGAUCAUUCAGCAUUCUGCUGGAGUGCUCUUGCCUGUAGGACAAAGUAUUGUCAACCAGCCUCUUCAACAGCUGUCUGCAGAAAAUAUUCCCUGGUGUGAUAGCACAGGGCCUAGUGAUGACCCUUCUGUGUGCUGGGCAGCAAUGGAGAAAGUUGCUCAGAAUAUACUAUCGCUAGUAAAGAACAGAUCUUUCAUUACUUUGGAAGAAGACCACAUUGAAAAGCUUUUGGAUUUACUAGAGAUAAUUGCAGCAUUGCAUUUAGAUAGUCUUUCCCCUCUGGACCACACGCGGUGCUUCCUUUUGUUGAUCUCCUUGGCUGUCAAUACUAGAGCAGCUUGCAGUGAAACUUUGUCUUUGAAGUUCUUGAUAACCUGCUUCCAUCUCCUAGCACAGUUGCAGACCAGCAGAAAUGCAAACUCAUCCUUUAAGGUUUUCUAUGUUAGUGAUGUCCUUGAAGCUGUCCUGACCUCUAUGUUUGUAGCCUGUGAGACUUUUUCCAGCAUAUUUAAGACCAGUGCAUGGGAUGACUUUCUUCACAGUAUCCAAACCUUUUUGGAAUACUAUCUUCAGCUCAUGUUUGAAAGAAGGCAAAGUGUGAAACUAAACCUGGAAAAGUUCAUGUCAUUCCUAGCAACUUGCCAGCCAUAUGCAACCAACAAAAAACACUCCAAAUGUUGGAGUCCUGCAGCUGACCAGCUUCUUCUAGUGGCCCUGACUGCUCAGUGUCAUACUCUAACUUUAUACCUCCAGCAGCAGCAUGGGAAGCCCCAGGUGUUGGAAACACGGCUAAAUUUGCUUGAACAAGCAGUACAGAAGGCAGGGGCCACCAUUGAGUUCUGCCUUCGAAACAGCCCCAGAGGCCAACCUUUGCCUGUUACAUUCAUACCAUGCAUUACGACCCUUCUGAAAGCGGAUUCCUGUUAUGUUCAUUUGGUAGGCCUUGUGUCUGGGGAGAGUGAGCCAGAAAGUCCAAUGAAGCCAGACAAAGCACAGAAGCUUUCGCAUAGUGAACUGUACAAACAGUUUUAUGUACAAAUAUUAAAAGAACUUGAUUUGGCAAGUGGCAAUAUCCAAUUCCUUCACUCUUCACUUCAAUUCUUAACUGUUUUCUGCUCCAUGCCAGAGAUGUAUUCUGCACAAGUUACUCCUGUUGCUGUAUUUCACUCUAUCAGAAAAUUACUAAUGGGUCCUGGAGUCCAGUUUAUUCAAGAUCUAGAAGUCCAGCUGACAGAACUGAUGACCCAGUUGAUGGAGAAGUGUACCACUGACGACUUUUGUACUGUCUUGAGGCUCUUGCUUGAAGAUCUAGAUGUCAGCAACAUUUGGAAACAAAAUUCUGAAGCAGUAUUGGCAGCUGUCACUCUAACCAAAGUGCUGCUCGGUUGCCCUUUAAGUGGAGAGAAAGAGAAAGCAUUCUGGUUUUCCAGUCCUCAAAUAAUCACAGCUUUAGUUUUGCAAGCCAAAGAAGCACCUCAGGAUGCAGCACUGCUUCCCACCCUCAUUGUGCCUGUGUUAGAGACAGUAGCCAUCCUCCUGAGGCGAGGAGAAGGGAUGCUCUCCAACCCACAUCAUGUUACCCUGGUGUUCAGCAUUCUUCUAACUGUUCCUCUUGAUCAAAGGGAUUAUGGCAGCAUCUUUCUUGGGAUUCAUGAAGUACUUUUUUCCAUACUUCAGUGCCAUCCCAAGGUGAUGCUAAAAGCAGCUCCAUCUUUCUUAAACAGUUUCCAUAGACUGGUAGUUUCAGUUAUGCAUGAAGGAAGACAGAAAGGAAACAAAGGGAUCACAGAUGAAUCUGAAGUGAUACUGAAAUGUGCCCACCUAGUGGAGAGGAUGUAUACUUAUAUUGCUGCAAAAACAGAAGAAUUCACUGUGUUGUCUCCCUUCAUUGUGGCCCAGUAUGUCAUGGAACUGCAGAAGGUGACUCUGCACCCAGCGGUAAAGAAACAUCUAACGGAGGGAAUUUAUCACAUCCUUGAUCUUUGCCUUGAGCGUGAUAUCAAGUUUUUAAAUGCAACUUUACCUGCAGGAGUGAGAGAAGUUUUGAAGGAGCUGUAUCGAGACUACAAUCAUUAUCACAAAUCUCUAAAGCAAGGGGAUGAAAAGUACACAGCAUGAGUGUCUGUACUGCUUUGCCAUCUCACUGUGGAUUAUCAGAAUGACAAACAUUUGCGGUUUGUGAGGGCUCUUUGUAACUUUGGGUAUUUAAGCGAGAUCUGGAAUCCAGAGACCAUCUACAACUAAACUGGCACAUGGGGAACUGUGGCAAACCCAUGCCCUUUGCAAGUGUGUACGUGAAGGCUUGGCUUGCUUUUUGAAAAGGAAAUACUGUUGAAAUGUGUGCAAAUGUGAAGGGUAGGUGCCAGUUCUGUAGAGACAAAGCCCACUUGCUAUUUUUAGGCUAUGUUUGGCUGGACACUGCUUCUGGCGACCACUUUUGGGAGUCAUGGAAAUCCUCCUUUAUGCCAGUAAAGUAAGAGUGAGCCAUAAUCUUCAUGUAAGUCUUCUCUUGUGGCAAAUAAUAACCUUUAAUACUAAACAGUGGAAGAAAAACUUGCCAUUUGGAAACAACAUAAAACUUCUGCAGGUGGAACAUCUAUCUUCUCUCCCUAUAAAUUAGGCAUGGGCAAACUUCACCCUUCCAGGUGUUUUGGACUUCACCUCCCACAACUCCUAUCAGCCGGUAGGAUGGAAGACUUUCUACAAGUCUUACUAAGUGGGGAUUUCUCUGUUGACUCCACGUUUUGAUUGGAGCAGCUCAUGGGUUUUUUCCUCAUUUGUUGUAUUAUUCAUCCAAUAAAUUAGGAAGAAGCAUGGGUCCUGAGGCUGUUAGGAAUUGUGGGAGUUGAAGUCCAAAACACCUGGAGGGAGGGCUUAAGUUUGCCCAGGCCUGGUUUAGACUUAUGUUUGUGUAACUCACUAAAAGACUAUCAGAUUUUUCUUUUUAUAUAUUUAUACUGUGGGGAAAAAUAUUUGUAUUGCACUUGUGCAAAAUUGUCAAUUAAUUACUAAAGACAAUCUUUUUGUAAAAAAAAUGAGCUUGUGUUUCUUCUUUCUUCUUUCUGAUUUUCUUCUCAAAAUAAAUAAUGGAUAAUUUUC